AUGUGUGUUGGUGGCAAAAAGAUAAUUUGUGCCCUAAAAGCUGAUAUAAAUCAAAAGGACAAUUCGCCAUCUUUGACAAGAUCGCGCCUGCAACUUUGUUCAGCAGUCAACUUUGAAAUCCAUUUGACAUGUUGUGUUUCUAGUCUACAAAGUUUAAAAUAUAAGUGUGACAGCAAUCCAUGUCAGAACCAUGGGAGCUGUACAGACGGUUACUGCCAAUGUCAGCCUGGAUUUUACGGAGAACACUGCGAGAUAGAUGAGUGUAACAGCAAUCCAUGUCAGAACCAAGGGACCUGUAGAGACGGUAAAUGCCAUUGUCAGCCUAGAUAUUCAGGAGAAUUUUGCGAGACAGUUAUAGCCGAUCUGUGCAGUGGCAGCAAUCCCUGUCAGAAUAACGGCAACUGUGUUGAGGGUAAAUGCGAAUGCCUUCCUGGAUUUUCUGGAGAAAACUGCGAAGAAGACAUCGACGAGUGUACCAGCGGUGUACACAAUUGCAACAGUUCAGCAUCAUGUAACAACACUGUUGGAUCCUACACGUGUUCGUGUGACAACCAUUUAACUGGAGAUGGGACAAUUUGCAAUCUGGCAGCGGAGUGUCAAAACUACACUAGACUGACACAUAGAGGCAGGAGGAUAACAUACCACUCGUAUAACAAAAAGGUGUAUUGUGACAGAGGACUUUCUGGAUGGUAUCGUUUUAGUGGGGAAGCAGGCACAAAAAUGCCUUCCUCGUGUCCAUUCACUUGGAGGUGUGGCACUCUUGCAACGGGGUGGUUGAAUGGUGAACAUCCUGCAGUGGCUGAUGGACAGGUCACUAGGCGAGCCUGCUUUCACUGGUGGCGGGGCUGCUGUUCGUGGUCAAGGCUAAUCAAAGUUAGAGACUGCAGCGCUUAUUACGUUUAUUACUUACCCAGCGUACCCUUCUGCUACCUCCGUUACUGCAGCACUGACUAA